AAGAGCAAAAAGCGAAGGCGCAAUCUGGAUGCGUGGAGAUUCAGAGAGCACGGAGUUCGAGAAAACUUUUAUUUUGAAGAGGCCAAGGGGGGGGGCGCUUCAUUUCCUGACAGCUAUUUACUUAGAGCAAAUGAUUAGUUUUAGAAGGAUGGACUAUAACGUUGAAUCAAUUACAAAACGCGGUUUUUGAGCCCAUUACAGUUGGAGCUAGAGGGAGAAAAACAGAGGAGGGGACUACAGGAGAGGACUGGAAACGGUGGACACUUUUUACUCCCUAUGUAGGAUUUUCAUUACGAAUUGACAUAGGAGGAGAAGUUUUCCGGAAUGAUGGGGACUUCCCUUCUGGCCCUCCUGAUCUUAGGCUGUCUCCUCACAGGGCCCAGCCUAAUCCUCUGCCAGCUUUCAUUACCGUCUAUCCUCCCGAACGAAAAUGAAAAGGUCGUGCAGCUGAAUUCAUCCUUUUCUCUGAGAUGCUUUGGGGAGAGUGAAGUGAGCUGGCAGUACCCCAUGUCUGAAGAAGAGAACCCCAAUGUGGAAAUCAGAAAUGAGGAAAACAACAGUGGCCUUUUUGUGACCGUGCUGGAGGUGGUCAAUGCGUCGGCGGCGCACACAGGCUUGUACACUUGCUAUUACAACCACACUCAGACGGAGGAAACAGAGAUUGAAGGCAGGCACAUCUACAUCUACGUGCCAGACCCGGAUGUAGCCUUUGUACCUCUAGGAAUGACAGAUUAUUUAGUCAUCGUGGAGGAUGAUGAUUCUGCCAUCAUACCUUGUCGCACAACUGAUCCCGAGACCCCGGUCACCUUGCGCAGCAAUGACGGGGUGGUGCAUGCCUCCUAUGACAGCAGACAGGGCUUUAAUGGGACCUUCAGCGUUGGGCCCUAUAUCUGCGAAGCCACCGUCAGAGGGAAGAAGUUCCAGACCAUCCCAUUUAAUGUUUAUGCUUUAAAAGCAACAUCAGAACUUGAUCUAGAAAUGGAAGCUCUUAAAACUGUGUAUAAGUCAGGGGAGACAAUUGUGGUCACCUGCGCCGUCUUUAACAAUGAGGUGGUCGACCUUCAGUGGACUUACCCUGGAGAAGUGAAAGGCAAAGGCAUCACCAUGCUGGAGGAAAUCAAGGUCCCGUCCAUCAAAUUGGUGUACACUCUGAGGGUCCCCGAGGCCACGGUGAAAGAUAGUGGAGAUUAUGAAUGUGCUGCCCGCCAGGCCACCAAGGAGGUCAAAGAGAUGAAGAAAGUCACCAUUUCUGUCCAUGAGAAAGGGUUCAUUGAAAUCAAACCCAACUUCAGCCCUUUGGAAGCUGUUGACUUACAUGAAGUCAAACAUUUUGUGGUGGACGUGCAGGCCUACCCCCCUCCCAGGAUAUCCUGGCUGAAGGACAACCUGACUCUGAUUGAAAAUCUCACGGAGAUCACCACGGACAUAGAAAGGAUUCAGGAAAUAAGGUAUCGGAGCAAAUUAAAGCUGAUCCGCGCUAAGGAGGAAGACAGUGGCCAUUACACGAUUGUCGUUCAAAAUGAAGACGAUGUGAAGAGCUAUACUUUCGAACUCUUAACUCAAGUUCCCUCCUCUAUUCUGGACUUGGUUGAUGACCACCAUGGCUCUACGGGAGGACAGACCGUGAGAUGCACCGCUGAAGGGACGCCUCUUCCUGAUAUCGAGUGGAUGAUCUGCAAGGAUAUUAAGAAGUGUAAUAAUGAAACUUCAUGGGCGAUUUUGGCCAACAAUAUCUCAAACAUUAUCACGGAGGUCCACCCCCGAGACAGGAGUACUGUGGAGGGCCGAGUGACAUUCACCAGGGUGGAGGAGACCAUCGCCGUUCGAUGUCUGGCCAAGAAUCUCCUUGGGGCCGAGAGCCGAGAGCUGAAGCUGGUGGCCCCCACGCUGCGUUCUGAACUCACCGUCGCCGCUGCGGUCCUCGUGCUGUUGGUGAUUGUGAUCAUCUCACUUAUUGUCCUGGUUGUCAUUUGGAAACAGAAACCGAGGUAUGAAAUUCGCUGGAGGGUCAUUGAAUCCAUCAGCCCUGAUGGACAUGAAUAUAUUUACGUGGACCCAAUGCAGCUGCCUUAUGACUCAAGAUGGGAGUUUCCAAGGGAUGGACUCGUGCUUGGUCGUAUCCUGGGAUCUGGUGCGUUUGGGAAAGUGGUUGAAGGAACUGCCUAUGGGUUAAGCCGCUCCCAGCCUGUCAUGAAAGUGGCAGUGAAGAUGCUAAAACCCACAGCCAGAUCCAGUGAGAAACAAGCUCUCAUGUCGGAACUGAAGAUAAUGACUCACCUGGGGCCGCAUUUAAACAUUGUGAACUUGCUGGGAGCCUGUACCAAGUCAGGCCCUAUUUACAUCAUCACCGAGUACUGCUUCUAUGGGGAUUUGGUCAACUAUUUGCAUAAGAAUAGGGAUAGCUUCCUGAGCCGCCACCCGGAGAAGCCAAAGGAAGAGCUGGACAUUUUCGGAUUGAACCCUGCCGAUGACAGCACACGGAGUUAUGUUAUUUUAUCUUUUGAAAACAAUGGUGACUACAUGGACAUGAAGCAAGCUGACACCACACAGUACGUCCCCAUGCUGGAAAGGAAAGAGGUUUCUAAAUACUCGGACAUCCAGAGAUCGCUGUAUGACCGCCCAGCCUCGUAUAAGAAGAAAUCUAUGUUAGACUCAGAAGUCAAAAACCUCCUUUCAGAUGAUAACUCAGAAGGCCUUACUUUGUUGGACUUGUUGAGCUUCACCUAUCAAGUUGCACGAGGAAUGGAAUUUUUGGCUUCGAAAAAUUGUGUCCACCGGGACCUGGCUGCUCGAAAUGUCCUCCUGGCGCAGGGGAAAAUCGUGAAGAUCUGUGACUUCGGCCUGGCCAGAGACAUCAUGCAUGAUUCAAACUACGUGUCCAAAGGCAGUACCUUUCUCCCUGUGAAGUGGAUGGCCCCUGAGAGCAUCUUUGACAACCUCUACACCACGCUGAGUGACGUCUGGUCCUACGGCAUUCUGCUCUGGGAGAUCUUUUCCCUUGGCGGCACACCCUACCCUGGCAUGAUGGUGGAUUCUACUUUCUACAAUAAGAUCAAGAGUGGGUACCGGAUGGCCAAGCCUGACCACGCCACAAGCGAAGUCUACGAGAUCAUGGUGAAGUGCUGGCACAGCGAGCCGGAGAAGAGACCCUCCUUCUACCACCUGAGUGAGAUUGUGGAGCAUCUGCUGCCUGGACAGUAUAAGAAGAGUUAUGAAAAGAUUCACCUGGACUUCCUGAAGAGCGACCACCCCGCCGUGGCGCGCAUGCGCGUGGACUCGGACAACGCCUACAUUGGCGUCACCUACAAAAACGAGGAAGACAAGCUGAAGGACUGGGAGGGCAGCCUGGACGAGCAGAGGCUGAGCGCGGACAGCGGCUACAUCAUCCCCCUGCCCGACAUCGACCCUGUUCCUGAGGAGGAAGACCUGGGCAAGAGGAACAGACACAGCUCACAGACCUCAGAAGAGAGCGCUAUCGAGACAGGUUCCAGCAGCUCUACUUUCAUCAAGAGAGAGGAUGAAACUAUCGAGGAUAUCGACAUGAUGGACGACAUUGGCAUAGACUCCUCAGACCUGGUAGAGGACAGCUUCCUGUGACUGGCAGAUUCAGGGGGGCACUUUCCACUCCUGGGGCCACCUUGGAUCCCUUUAAGCAAACCACUUGAUUGCAACGCAAACGUUUGGGAGGAGGACUCGGAUGAGGUGUAAAGAGAAGUUCUCGGCCAAGGGCCUCAGGGAGCCUGCUCACUAUGGAUGAAUGGGAGAUUUCAAAAUGAACUCUGUCAGCCUUGCCUCUUGGCAAUGCUUCAGUAGCAUCUUAGCGGCGUGUGAAGUUUGGAGAUGUUUGGACAAGGAAGUGAUAGGCCUCUUCCAAGGCAUUGGUGAGAUUCCAACAGACACAACUUCGAUUGCGAGAAAACCCCAGCAGUGUAAUUAUGUAAAUAGGUCUAACUGAGGAUGUGUUUAGAUUUGUAUUAACUGUCUUCUCUGGACUUCUGAAGAGACCACUCAUCCCAUCCAUGUACUUCCUGCUUGAAACCUGGUAUCAGCUGCUGUUGAACUCCUCUUUGAAGUACAUGCAAAACCACUUUUGAACCUUAAAAGGUACUGGUACUAUAGCAUUUUACUUUUUUUUUUUUUUUAGUGUUAAAGAGAUAAAGAAUAAUAAUUAACCAAUCUUGUUUACUAGAUUUGGGUCCUUUAGAAGCCCACCAACUCAUUUCCGUAUUGUAAUCUACGUUUAUAAUACUACUGUUAUCAGUAAUGCUAAAUGUGUAAUGUGUAACACGUUUUCCCUACAGAGAAAGCACAAUU